UUAAACAAAUUAAUUUAAAAUCCAAAUAACUGAUAUACUAAUUUUACAGAAUCUUUAAUACCUCUUUAAUAAAUUGGUUCAAUAAAAAAGAUAAAAAAUCCGUAUAAAAACCGUUUGAAUUUCGAUUAAUUUCGAGUUUCGAAUCGCCAAGAUGAAAGCUGUAUUGAUCUUCUUAAUCUCUACGAUAUCUUUAGCUCUCGCUAAUGAUUUAGAGAAUUUCGUUGGACUUGACUCAACUUUGAAACUAGUUCAUGUUGUUUUUAGACAUGGUGAUAGAACUCCAGACAGUUUAUACCCAAAUGAUCCCUACACCGAGGAAGAUUUUUAUCCAUUCAGAAUUGGUCAUUUAACAAAUAAAGGAAAAAUGACCGCUUACAACAUUGGAACAUCUCUUCGAAAAAGAUACAACAAUCUCCUUGGAGAUGUUUACACCCCAGACAUCUUAAACGCGAUUUCUUCGCAUUAUCCUAGGGCUAAAGCUAGUUUACAAGCUGUUUUAGCUGGGUUAUAUCCACCAAGUGACUCUUUAACUUGGAAUAAAGAUUUACCUUGGGAACCCAUUCCUUACGAUUAUUUGCCAAAAAAUGAAAACAAAUUAUUUAUGUCUUACGGUGUUUGCCCGAGAUCUGCCAAUUUAAUUCUACAAGCAUCUCAAUUAAUGACUACAGACCCAAUAGUAACGAAAUACAACCAUUUGUUACCGAUGUUAGAAGAAGUUUCAGGGAUGACCGGGUAUCCAUUAAUCGGAAUUGGGGCUUUAUUAUAUUCGACUUUAAAAGCAGAAGACGAAGCUGGACUAAAAUUACCAUCUUGGGCCGAUUCGGUUUAUCCAGACAUUUUGAACGAAAUCUCGGCGGAAUCUUGGAAAUAUAUAGCCGGAGUUGGUGAUUUAAAACUAUUAACCCCCGGCUUUUUGGUCUCACAAAUUGUUAAUAACACCUACGCAACGAUUAAUGGGGAAUCAGAAGCUAAAAAUAGAAAGAUUUAUUUGUAUUCCGGUCACGAUCUUAACGUGGCUGGCUUAUUGUUCUUCUUGGACAGUUUCGUUCCUCACAAUCCUAAUUAUGGCGCCCACAUCAUUAUAGAAGUUCACAAAUACUUUGGGGUUUACAUAGUCAAGUUUAUGCAUCAGAAUUAUGAAGACGAUGAACCUAAAUCGAUUUUUAUUCCGAAUUGUGGAAUUUAUUGUCCUUUGGAAGUUUUUGUUAAGUUGUAUGCUAAGGAAUUGGAUCCUGGUACUUUGGAUGAACUUUGUGGAUAACUUUGAUGUAAACUUGUAAUUUAAUUGUAUUAGAAAAAAAUUAGAUGCGUUUUUUUUUUGGCAUUA